UUGAACAUUAUUAGUUCCUCCCACAAUUUGAAACACCUGUUCAAUCUAAUUACAGAUCAGCACAUCCUGAGACAUUAAAAAGCUGACUGAUGUUCAAAGAGAUUGAAAUUCUUAGUUGUGGAACCUAAUAUGACUUUGCAUAGCUGAAGCAAAACACCAGAGUGACAGGCCUACUUAUCAAGUAGCUGUAAUACAAAGCAAGUUUGUUAGUUGUAUUUUUAAAUUGCCUACUUUUAAGAUUUUUAAAAAAACAAAAACAAAUUAGCUUGUCUGAUUGACUCACCACCUGAAAAUGAAGGAAGAGAUUGCAGCAACAGUGUUUUUUAUUGCAAGACUAGCAAAGAAACAUGGUAAACUGGACCGUGUUCGGAGGGAGAGAUUUGCUGUGCAACUAACUUCAGUGCUCUUUGAAACUUACAAAAGUCAUUGGUACCCAGAAAAACCAACCAAAGGACAAGCUUUUAGGUGUCUAAGGAUGAACAAAACUCAAACAAGAGACCCAGUUAUCGAACGUGCUUGUCGCCAGAGUGACAUUGUUUAUGAAAAUCUUGGAUUACCGAAGGAAAUGACCAUUUGGGUUGAUCCGGGAGAGGUGUCCUGCCGGUAUGGUGAGAAGUCAACCCCAUUUUGUGUUACCCAGUUGGAGGGUCAAAAAAGAGAUGGGGAGUUCUCUCGUAGGAUAAAUAAUGCGGUGGAAAGGGCCUCAUCGGACUACCACUCUGGAACCUCCUCUGAUGAUGAGGGAGGAAACACCAGCAUGAGCAGCACAGUGAGCAGCACUGUGAGUAGCAGCAAUAGCAGCAGUCUUUCAGUUCCAGAGCCCAAAUGCAUCCCAACGGUCUCCAACCCAAACAGUGUAUACCAGUUCAGUGAGUUUGGGCAGCCCCCACCCAUGCAAAACUGGGGGAAUUACCCUAAAAGAAAACCAUAUGUUGCUGAGGGCUACCAGCAGCAUUCUUCAGGUGGACAAUACCCACCUCAUAAGAGUUUUAUGGGCUACAGGCCCUCCUACGGCUUCUCUGGUCCAAGGGUGGACCGAUUUCACUGGGUCAGCAAGAACCGCUCUUAGACUUUAAUUUUAAUAUCACAGCGUGUCAUUGUUUUGCUGAGCAGCUAUGCAGGCAUACGUGAGUUAUUGAAUAUAACUUGAUUUAAAUGUAAUGAUUUAAUAAAUUAUUUAUGGAGUCA